CUCGCAAUAACUGUACCAUAGACCGACGACGACUGAACGUCAACCUAUCAUACCAACAUCAACUCUCCGUUGCGAACACUUCCAACCAAAGAAAACAGUCUUUUAUCUUUUCGGCUUCAUGCUUCCAAAACGUGCAGCUUCCACGGAACCAGAGGUCGACUGCUCGUCUCCAAAGCGCGCGCGCUGCACACUCCCGAGUCCUUCAGCAUCACACUCUCCAUCCCAACGAAUCCUCUAUAAUACAAAAUAUCGUCUCACGCACCUGCAGUUCUCAGUCAGAUAUCAAGCUUCGUCUGCCUCUUGCAAUCAUCGCCAGCACGAAUCGCCAGAGGCUGUUGAGCCUCCUCAAUCUCAAUCCUUCCCUACCGCCCCUCUUUACGAUAGAACCACGACUGACGCGACCUUCCCUGCGCCUACACAUCUCACACGCGAGAAUCUUCUGCUUCACGAAGCAUCGUAUCUUCCAGACAUGCAGUCUACCCCAAGUAGCGAGGCCUCCAUCUCAGUCGAACCCGCGAAAGACAUCGACAGACGGCAAGCGGCAUACGGCAUAUUUGUGCAUCGCGGUGACAUCCCCGAGGUAUUGAGGAAACACAUUGAUGAGGUUGUUAUGGAUAUGCGAAAGGAGGCUACACCGUCCGCUGCACGGCUUGCUCGUAAUUCGAGAAGAGCUCGUGGUAUGAACGAACCGCAGGGCAAGGAGAUGCUCGCAAGGGACUUGCUUUUCAAGACGGAGAUUGACGAUGGUGAGGAGCUUAUUCAGGUUCUCCCCGAGGUCACAUUCGCUCGCCAUUGGCUUCCUGCUGCGCCUAAUAAAUGGGUUGAGAGACAGUACGGUGCUCUGGAGCAGCCGCGGCCCGAUCAUGCUGUUGGGUAUAUUACCCAACAAGACGCGUAUUCGAUGGACCCUCGCUCAAAAGCGGCACUGGAGCGUACAGAGGAGGACAAGAUCAUGAGACACGCAUUGACUUCCCAACUGCAUUUUCCAUUUCUUACUUGCCAGUGGAAGAGUCAAAAGAGUGGAGAAGGUCACUAUCAUGCUUCGUUACAGGGCGCACGGGAUGGAGCGGCUAUCGUGCGCAAUCUUCACGACUAUUAUCGGAGUGCGCAGUAUGUGACAUCGAUAGUAGACACGGCACAUUUUUCACUUACUACCGACACCGACAGUGCAAAACUGUGGGUGCACUGGCUGGAGAACGCAGAAGACAGAGGAACGGACUACCAUAUGGAACUAAUUAGCCAAGCUUUUUUAAGACCGCUGACAUCACGAGAUACCGGCAUGGUCGACAUGCGCAAGAUGCUCCGCAACAUCCUCGAGUAUGCGGUGACCGUGCGGUUGAACAAAAUCAAGGCUGCCAUUGCCAGUCUACCGCUACCUCUGCCGCGAAUGCAAAGUCCUAAGCGGGGACAGUCAAAGAAGUCGAUGUCUUCGACAGACACUAUGGCCAGCUCUGCAGCGCUAGUAGGGCAUCCGCUCACUACUGCACCGAGAUUUGAUGCGCAGCCAUCAGCGCCAGAAUCGUUUUCUCCACCGCACAAGAGACUGAGAGAAGAAUAG